CCUAAUAUUAUCCUCCUAACCUUCUUAACCUAAUUAUUAGUACAGGGCUCCAUCCCCGUAUAACACCCCUCUUCUACCGCUUAUACUGUCUAACUGAUUCUAAAACCUACCCACCAAAAUGUCCGCGGCAACGGCUCUUCCGUCGGCGACGAUGUCUGUCUUCAUGGACAAGACUAAGGCCGACGACGACAACGUCUCGGAGCAGGUGCGGCUCGAGGACCAGCAUGAGACCGUGAUUUACGCGAUGGGGAAGGCCUUGUACGCCCCCGUCGACCUGUCGAAGUCGGGUCUCCGCAUCCUAGACUCUGGGUGUGCGAACGGCCGGUGGAUCAAGGAUCUGCAAGCAGCCGCGUGGCCGGCGCAGCACGAGUACGUCGGGACGGACGUGGUGUCGUCGCUGUACCCGGCGCCGGCGCCGGCGGGGACGCGGUUCGCGGACCAGUCGAUCAAGGAGGCGUUCCCGGCGGCGUGGGCGGGGACGUUCGACGUGGUGCACCAGCGGCUGGUGAUGGCGGCGGCGGCGCCGGAGCGGGCGCCGGGCUGGGUGGUGCGGAGCCUGGCGGGCCUGCUGCGGCCCGGCGGAUGGCUGCAGAUGGUCGAGGUGGCGACCGCGCCGCCGCUGCCGCGAAACGGCCCUGCCCAGGCCGACUACCUCGCCAUGCUCGAUACCCUCUACGCCAAGCUCUACGGGGGCACCCCGCUCGACCGCCCCAACCUCAUGGGCCGCCUCCCCGACGAGAUGCGCGGCGCCGGCCUCGCCCACGUCGCCCACCGCGAGGUCCUCGUCCCCUACGGCGCCGCCGUCGCCGACCCCCGCGUGCGCGAGCGCAGCCUGAGGACCGCCGUCGCCGGCGUGCCGAAUUUCCUCUCGGUAUUGCGGAAGAUGCCGCCCGAGGUCUGGAGGCCGGAGUGGGAUGAUCUCGAGUCGCGUCUCUACACGGAGCUGAAGGAGACGGGCGGCUACGCGAGGUACAUCGUGUGCUGGGGCCAGAAGUAGCCUCAUCAGCAGGGAAAUUUGCGUCACUUGUAGCUCUUAUGAGACGGUUAUGCUUCUUCGGGUUUGCAGGUUAGCUGAAGAGCAGGAUACAAGGGGGAGGUCAACAUACUUCGUGCAAAGGCUGGCUGAAUCCCCUCGCGAGAUGUAUAAUAUUGAAUCCAGUUUCAAUGUCGUCCCCCUUCCGCCACACCUACACGGCUCUCUAAGCUGUUCGGUCCCUUAGGGCCAUCCUGCUUGAUUCAACAAGACAUGACGGUACAUAGAUAUCCACUUAAGAGGAUGUAGCAGAGAGAAAGAUCGCUCCUCGGUAAUUAUCUUUACAUAAUAAUGCGUCUCAAUGGUUGCCAGUAUAACGGGCUGACACAAAUAAUGAUUAAUGUACGGUAUCGUCUUUUAAAUGAUAAUAUUAGGAGUCUGCCUUCAAUAAGAAGC